AUGACCGAAAUCCCCGCAACCAAACCGGCCAACGGGGAUGUAUGUCAGCGCGUAAAGAACGGAGUGAAACCGGAGAGGAACGGGUUGUUGAAGAGCCUCCAGAGCUGCCAUGAGAGGACACCCAGACACCACUGCCAGCCCGAGGAGGAGAAGGUCCAGGCACCAUCACAUCAUGACAGCCUGUACAGACGGCCCUUCGUCGAGUCUUUUGAGGAGACGCCCAUGCUGGUGGCCGUGCUCACCUACAUGGGCUACGGGAUCCUGACCGUCUUUGGCUACCUACGCGACUUCCUCCGCCACUGGAAGCUCGAACGAUGCCACAUCGCCAGGGAGAAGGAGGAGCAAAAGGACUUUGUGCCCCUCUACCAAGACUUUGAGAACUUUUACACCAGGAACCUCUACAUGAGAAUCAGAGACAACUGGAACAAGCCGAUGUGCAGUGUCCCAGGGGCCAAGAUGGACCUGAUGGAAAGAGCCACCCUGGACUACAACUGGACGUUUGAGUACACAGGGCGGGUAGUGCAUGAUGUGAUGAACUUGGGCUCAUAUAAUUAUCUUGGCUUUGCUGAGAACACAGGCCCGUGUGCUGACUCUGCAGCCGAGGUCACCAUGAAGUACGGCGUUGGAGUUGCAAGUACCCGGCAGGAGAUAGGUAAUCUGGACAGACAUGAGGAGAUGGAGAAACUGGUGGCUGAGUUCCUCGGUGUGGAGUCAGCUAUGGCGUUUGGGAUGGGCUUUGCAACCAACUCCAUGAACAUACCUGCACUGGCAGGCAAGGGCUGUCUCAUUCUGAGCGAUGAGCUGAACCAUGCCUCUCUAGUCCUGGGAGCCAGACUCUCCGGGUCCACCAUCAGAGUCUUUAAACACAACAAUAUGCAGAGCCUGGAGAAACUGCUGAGAGAAGCCAUAGUCCACGGGCAGCCCAGGACUCACAGACCAUGGAAGAAGAUCCUAAUAGUGGUAGAGGGCAUUUACAGCAUGGAGGGCAGUAUUGUGCGCCUGCCAGAAGUGAUUGCCCUGAAGAAGCGCUACCGGGCCUACCUUUACCUAGAUGAGGCCCACAGCAUAGGGGCGCUGGGGCCGAGAGGGAGGGGGGUCGUGGAUUACUUUGGUCUCGACCCCUGUGAUGUGGACGUCAUGAUGGGCACUUUCACCAAGAGCUUCGGCGCUGCAGGGGGAUACAUCGCAGGGAAAAGGGAGCUUAUUGAGUACCUGCGCUCCCACUCCCACAGUGCGGUCUACGCCGCCUCCAUGUCUCCUCCUGUGGUGGAGCAAAUCAUCACUUCUAUGAAGUGCAUUAUGGGAGACGAUGGCACAACAAUAGGCAUUGAGCGUGUGCAACAGCUGGCAGAGAACACAGUCUACUUCCGCAAGAGACUUCGAGAAAUGGGUUUCAUAAUCUAUGGAAACGAGGACUCGCCUGUAGUACCCAUGAUGCUCUACAUGCCUGCAAAGAUAGGAGCAUUUGGUAGGGAGAUGUUUAAGAGGAACAUUGGGGUGGUGGUUGUCGGUUUCCCUGCUACACCCAUCAUCGAAUCUCGUGCACGCUUCUGCAUCUCAGCCGCACACACAAAAGACAUGCUAGUCAGGGCGCUGAGUGUCAUCAGUGAGGUAGGAGACCUUCUUCAGCUCAAGUACUCCCGUCACAGAAAACAGCGGUCUGCAGUGCGGCCCUUUGAUGAUAACGUGUACGAGGACAUCGACGACUGAUGAAACAGUCAUGAUGUGAACCGGAACAACCCUAAAAAAAAAACACAGGGCCCGUCAAGAUGGAUCACAAGGUCUUCCACAAGGACCCAGACAUGUGCACAGGUGCCCCUUGUCACCAGCUUGCCAUUAUUUAACCCUCCAACAGAAAAAAGCACUUACAAACUAUCACCUUUGUUCUACUUUGCCUUACCUUAAAGUGCAGAAACGUGUGGUGACCAUGCUGAAAAACAACGUCUGCUUCAGUCUAACAUGUCUCCUUGUUUUCUGUGUGUUUCUUCAGUGCCUGUUAGAAGUGUCUCUGUUACGCUUGUUGUAUAUGAGUUGGAUGAAUGUUGAAUUUCACAGUGUCUCUGGUAUCGCAAGCUGCUUUUUUUUUUUUUUAAAUAGAGUGAACUUUUAACGGGUGAGUAAAAGAAUUUUAAAAUCAAAAGUGUAAGACUUUAUUUCAAGUAAACAUUCAGAUCACUGCUGUUGGCCAUGAUGUGAAUAAUUAAUCUGUAUCAUACAAAACAUUAAUAUCUAUAAUUGUCUAUCUUA